AUGGAGUGUCCGAAAGUGUGUGCCGUUUGCAUGUCUUCCCCCGUAUUUCCCAUACAAUUGAGUUGUGAACACAUUUUCUGCUAUUUGUGUGUCAAAGGAGUGGUCAAUAAUGACAACACGUCUAAGUGUCCGUCAAUCGACGCCAAUGUCUUAAAACAUCCCAAAUUUGUGGCCAAUGGUGUGAACAGCUGUGACCGACCCGUCGGUGCUUUCGAUACAAUCCAAUGGUUUUAUGAGGGGAGGAAAGGCACCGGCUUUUGGGCUUACGAUCACUCAAAUGCUGUUAUACUCGAAGAAGCCUUCAUUAACGACCAAAAAAUGUGUGAAAUAACGAUCUCUGGAGUGAUAUAUUGUGUAGACUUUGUGCGACAAAUACAGUACCAGAAGUAUCAGACGUCGAGGAAGAGAAGUAUCAGAAGAGAUCUCUUGUCUAACAUAGAGUCGGCCAAAGGGAUCGCCGGUGUGUCCAAGUAUUUGGUCCGCAAUAUAUUCACUGGUAAUCAAUCAAAGAGUUCAGACGGAGCCCACACUUCGGCUCAAAACAGCGCUAAGAAUGUUAACAAGCAUUCAUUGGAUAAUUCAGCGGAAGAAUCGGAAAGUGAGGAACCGAUCCAUAAGAAGGUUAAAGUGGAGGUCAAAGUAGAACCCGAUUCUACAAAUAAUACAUAA